AUGUUGAAACUGGCUCUUAUUCAAUUUCAAGUCACCAUGCUGAUUGGCAGCGUGCUGUCCGUCUCUUCUUUGCCUGGAAUCUCCAGAAUCCAAUCACAUUCCGUCAACUCGGUUCUCUCUGAGAGGUCUGCCCCGGAUGCCCCUCAGGUGCACACAAACAUAGACUACGAUUUCGAAAAAAUUGCCGAAUUGGUGUAUGAAGUUCUGAACCGCGUAGCAAAUCACAGUUGGGAAUGGGGCGCCCAAGCGGAAGUAAUCCUUGAGCGAAAUUACCCAGAGUAUAGCGUUUACUCUAACACGCGCCAACUGCCACUGUCUACACAAGAUGGGCUACUGCAACCUCCUUCAGAGUUGAUCGAAUUCAUUGAGCCCAUCCUUGCGAAACGAGAUCCUAAAACUCUGCCUAUCGUUGAUGGGGAUGGCGCGUCAGGCGACCCUGCGAGCUUGGGGGUCGCCGUACUUGUUUCUGCUGCGACCAGCGACAAAGAAAGGUCUACAUACUUUCAAAAGCUUGCGGAUGACCAGUUAGAUUGGUUAUUGAAUCAUGUCCCGAUUAAUGAAAACGGCGCCAUCUCUCAAAGGAACAAAGAGCUGCAAUACUGGUCAGAUUAUGUCUACAUGGCUCCUCCAUUUUUGGCUUAUUACGGAGCUGCUACAUCCAACGCUACCAUACUGGAAAUAGCUUACAAUCAAGCCAAGCAAUACCGAACUAUAUUGCAGGAUGGCAAAAUUAAAGUAUGGGAACAUAUUGUAGACGGAAGUUUUGAAGAUCGCAAGUUUUGGUCUACUGGAAACGGAUGGGCAGCCGCUGGCAUGAUGAGACUCUAUUCCACCUUUCUCAACUUGCGCGACCCGAAGCUCAGAGAACUUACUGAGCCAUGGAAAGAAGAUUUGGCUAAUUGGGUCACUGAGAUCGUCAAAGGUGCCUACGUUUACCAAUGCAAGGAUACGCAGCUUUUGCCCAACUAUCUGGCCAACACCAACGUUUCGCACAACUACCCAGAGUGCUCUGGGACGGCUCUAAUUGCCGCCGCUGGCUACCGACUUGCAUCUCUUCGCCCGAAAUGUGCAAAGCACUUGCCGCUGGAUGCCAUCAAUGCAGCCCGUGUGGCCAUUUUCACAAGAUACACCAACCGGGAAACGGGCGCAGUGGCCCCAGUCGUGGACCCUUUAGAUUGGAAUGCAGUCAAGGCGUUCAAUGGCACAAAGCCCAUUACUGGAUAUGUCAGUCCUGAAGGUCAAGCCUUCACGAUUUUGCUGUUUGAAGCCUGGAAAUCUUACGUCUCAAGUCUCAACUGUAACGUCAAUCCUGGGCAUCCCCACUGUCCUACCGUCACUCCAGCCUCAUAG